AUGAGUUUAACUUCAUUGCCCAUCCAGACGUUCGAAGAAUAUGACCCGUCCGUUCCCCUUGUGUUACCGCAUGAAAAAGUUUACUCAAUGCAAGUGGGAUAUAAAUUAUUCAGAUUGAGUGGAUUAUCAUUAUCUUCCGAUUCACCUUCAUAUUUCACAAAAUUUUUCAAUGAUCCAGAAAAUGAAGAUAAAAUUUUGUUCUUUGAUAGAGAUCCCAAGAUAUUUGAAAAAAUAUAUAAUCAUUUACAAGGGUAUUCAAUCAAUAUUACUAAUGAUUAUGAAUUUAUGCAUCUUUGGAGUGAUGCUUUUUAUUUUGGUUUAAAAAAUUUAAAAAAAGUCUUGACUGAACAAGACAUAUUUGCAAGUAUUGGUGAACAAUGUUUCAAAAUUCCAAGAUCAUUAUUGAUUAAUGAAGGAAAUGCACAAAAUUAUUUUACAGUUAAUUCAGAUAGAUUGUUGUUUGAUAAUUUGGCGAUUAUUGAAAAGAAAAAUAUGUUAAGACCUCCACCUCAACGACCGGCAAUUGUCACCAAUAGAUCACCUAAAUUAUUUGCAGACUUAUUGGAAUUCUUAAAGGGAAAUACCCUUAUUAUAAAAAAUGAAGAACAUCGAAAUCUUUUACUUAAAGAAGCUCGAUAUUAUAGAUUUUUAGAACUUGAACAAAAAAUGAUAUGUCACAAGAUUAUAAAUAAUCAAAUAAUUUUGAAUGUAGAAGAUAUUGCAAAAAGAGGAAUAUUAAAUAUCUCACCAUUGGAUAAAUCACGAGAAGUAUCUAUAAAAUAUUCAAGACCAUAUAUAAAUGAAACUCCAAAAGAUUUGGUAAUUCAAAUUAAAAAUGAUAAUAAUUUACAACAUUCAAGAUUAAUUAUAAACAGGAAACUUAACAUCAUAACGGCUAAAUUCGAAGGCAAAAUUGCACAGAAGCUAAAGCAAAUUUUUAAAGAUGUGGAUGCAUUGAUUGUGAAUGAAUUUUCAAUAUCAUUCUUGGUUUCAAUAAGUAGACUGAAAACUGUACUUGAUGGUAGUGAAAUGAGUAGAGGUUGGAUAAAUGAUUUUUUGAAUAACACUGAAGAAGCAAAAGAUGGGGAAGAACCAAAUUCAAAAAAGCGAAAAGUUGAUAACAUUAAUUCGAUACAAGGUGAAAUUAUUGAAAUCUUUUUGAAAAAGUCGUUGUGGAAAAUAAUGAUGAGAGGUAAAUUAGCUAGAUUAGAGGCAGUAUCAUUAGAAGGUCAAACAGGUCCGCAACUAAAUGAUAUAGACUUCAUAUAG